AUACGUUGAUAUCUUCGUAAUUAAUAAUGUCUGGACGUGGCAAAACCGGCGGCAAGGCCAGAGCAAAGGCCAAGACCAGGUCUUCCCGUGCCGGACUGCAGUUCCCAGUGGGUCGCGUCCACCGUCUGCUCCGCAAAGGCAACUACGGCGAGCGUAUCGGCGCCGGUGCUCCUGUCUACCUGGCAGCAGUGCUGGAGUAUCUGACCGCUGAGAUCUUGGAGUUGGCGGGGAACGCAGCCCGUGACAACAAGAAGACCAGAAUCAUCCCCCGUCAUCUUCAGCUGGCUGUCCGCAACGACGAGGAGCUCAACAAACUCCUGGGAGGUGUCACCAUCGCCCAGGGCGGUGUGUUGCCUAACAUCCAGGCUGUUUUGCUGCCCAAGAAGACCGAGAAGGCCGCCAAGAAGUAAAAUACAUCUCAUUUAUAAUCCCACAAAGGCUCUUUUAAGAGCCACUCACUUCUAUCAAAGAUUGUUUCCUUUCUGAACAUUAUAUUGUAUUAUACGGGUUAGUGACACA